AUGUCUACCAUAAAACGAAAUUAUCGCAGGAAACCAAAAUCUUUGAGUGACGAGGAAGUAGUUGAAGAUCGAAAUACUUCACCAAGUGUUGAAAAAGAUAAAGAACCUGAAGACUUACGCAAAUUUCGAAGAAGACCACAAGGCAUAGAUGCAGAUAAACUAUCUAAGGGAGAAGCAAAGGCCAAGAAAAAGAAAAAAGAUGAGGAUCCAUGGAAAUUAACAGUUGGUGGCCUUGUCGACCUGGACGAACAAACAAAUGCAUUAGAUGUGGAUAAGCAUAUGAUGGCUUAUAUAGAAGAAGAAAUGCGUAAGAGAAGAGGUCAAAGAUCAGAUUCAAAGAAUGAUGACGAGAUUGUAGUGUCAUCAAAACCUUUAAAUCCUCAAGAUGAGCUUUUUCAGGCUCCAGAUCACUUGCGAAUUGAAAGCAAACCGAUAUCAGAAGGCAAUGUACAAUUAUCAACAACGAUGCUAACCGCUAUACCUGAGGUUGACCUUGGAAUAGAUGUUAGGUUAAAAAAUAUUGAAGAAACGGAAAAAGCUAAGCGCAAAAUGUUAGAACAAAGACAUCAAAAACCAAAGGAUGAAAAGGAUACGCAAAAUCAAACUUCGGCAAAUAAGAAUGGGCAAAGGAGAGAAAUGGCUACAGAUGAUCUUGUUGCAGAAAGGUUCAAAAAAAGGCUACGGCGCUGA